GAAGCGUACGAUGCAGUCCGUUACAUUGAUUUUGUUGCUGAUCCCGCUGUGUUCUCAUCUGCUGCACGCGCAGGCAGUCAAUAAUAACUCAUUUGAUGCUAUCAGAGGCUGCAGGCAAACUAUUCGUGUGGGUGAAUAUGAUGGACAGAUCGAUUACGUUUCAACCAACACUCUGCCAAAUGUGGUUCGUUCCGGCAACUCCAGGAUCUUCAAGAUCGGUAUUGUAGGGCCAAAUGAUGGAAUUUUUCGCUACGGAGACACCAGGUUCCCGUAUGGCAGGGACGUGAUCGAAAUAGUUAUCUCAGGCUGGGCGAACACCAGAAGCGCAGGUCGACGACAGCACCGAACGUUGAAUAAUCAGAAUUCCAAUCUGCAAUUAACCAAGGUACCGACUCAAGGUCUGCUGUCGCCGUUCCAUCCCGUUAUUAUUCUCUUGGAGGUGUCUACUACGGGGCUAGUGCGUGUCACGAAGGCUGGUGAUAAAGAACCGUUCUUGGAGUUUAUCGAUGAGAGACGAAUCCCAGCGAACUACAUAGGGUUCACUAAGUGGGACAAGGAUGUGAUUUACUUCUACGACUGCCCGCUAUAGCAUGCAGUACUAGCAAUAUUGAAG